AUGGCCUCAAAUGCGACCCCGGAGCCAGAUAGCGAGACAAGUAGCAACAGCACCUCGCCGAACUCAGCUACGCGACUUUUCAAGGAUCUUGAAUCUGGCCCUGCUCAGCAUGAACAUGUUGUGCUCAUUGUCAGAGGGAUGACCUGCAGCGGUUGCGAGCAGAAACUCAAGACAGCCAUCGACGCCAUUCCUUCCGUGGCCAACGUCAGGACCAACCUGAUACGUUCUCGAGCCGAGUUCGACAUCGACUUGAAGCAUGUAUCCGUCGAGGAAGCCUUGGCACAUCUGAGGAGAAUGACGCCGUACGGAUUCAGGGCGAUCAAUCCCGAACACAAGCGUUUUCUUGACGUCGUUGUUGAAAAUGCCGCCGCCAUGGCUAACAAGCCGCCGCCUGAAGGCGUCAAGUACAUGGAGCGCCUGAAUGACAAGACUGUCCGUAUCUACUUCAAACCUGGGGCAAAAGUUCGAGACGCGCUUGAGGAGAUACUACCGGCCGAUCUUGAGCUCGCACCCCCUGAACCCGACUAUUCUAUUGAGGAUGGAAGGGAGCAAGUCCGCAUGGAAGGGAUCGUCUUCGCGAUCACUCUGGUCCUAACGAUUCCUGUCCUGGUGUUUGCCUGGACUCCUGUUAAGGGGCCGAGAUUGGCCUAUCAGGCAAUAUCACUUGCAUUAGCUACCCUUGUUCAAGCAAUCGCUACCUAUCACCUUUACCCGGACACUUUCAAGAGCCUGUUCCGAACUCGAGUUGUAGAGAUGGAGCUACUGAUCGCGCUGAGCACAACAGCAGCCUACGUCUUCUCCGUUGUUGCAUUCGCAUACCUCGCAAAAGGGCAACCUCUAUCGAUAGACUCUUUCUUUGAGACCAGCACACUGCUUACGACGUUAAUCAUGUUCGGUCGGUACAUCCAACAGCUGGCCCGCCAAAAAGCCACAGAGGCUAUAUCGAUGCGUUCUCUGCAACCAGAGAAGGCGUUGCUGGUCGAUGGUCAAAACAGGGAGCACACGAGAGAGAUUGAUGCACGACUUUUGCAAGAGGGUGAUGUCUUCAGAAUGCCGCCACAUGCUGCAAUCGUCACCGAUGGUAAGGUCGUUUAUGGCGGCUCUGUAGUGGACGAAUCCAUGGUUACCGGAGAGACCAAUCCUGUCGCCAAAGGGAUCCAUUCGUCGGUGGUUGCUGGAUCUGUCAACUUGGAUGGCUCGCUCGAUAUUGCUGUUACCCGCCCCCCGUGGAACAAUACCGUCAGCGCUAUUGCACAAAUGAUCGACGAAGCCGACAUGGCCAAAUCGCCCGCACAGAAGCUGGCUGACAACGUUGCAACUUAUUUCGUCCCUCUUAUUCUCAGCAUCACUGCUAUCGUCUUCGUAACUUGGAUGCUCGUCGGUACCGAAUUUCAGGACAAGUCGAAUGGGGAAGCUGCUGUGCAAGCUACUACAUACGCUAUCGCCACGCUGAUCGUUUCUUGUCCUUGCGCCAUCAGCCUGGCUGUUCCGAUGGUCGUUGCCAUCGCAAGCGGCGUUGCGGCGAAACACGGCGUCAUAUUCCGUGCGUCUGUAACGAUCGAACAAGCCAGGAAGGUUACGCACGUUGUUUUCGACAAGACGGGUACGCUCACUGAAGGUCGGAUGAAGGUCGUAGCACAUCUGUCACACGCCACCAGGCCAGACCUUCUUGUUCGGGCGAGGGCUUUCCACUCCUUCGCAAAUAUCAAGAAGGAUGGCAGUGGCCGCAUGGAGGUUACUUUUGAGGUCCUCACCCCGCUGAUAUCCUCACAGCUGCCGCCCUUCAAUCCUGCGGACGAGAACAAGUUUUUACUGGAACUCUGCGCCAACGUCAGCCAUCCCGUCGCUGCUGCUGUCCACAAGUAUCUCGCUCAAGCGCCUGCCACGAGCCAAAGCAACGUGGCACUCUCCUCCAAAAAGGAACACCUCGGCCAAGGGAUCGAGGGUGUUUCCGCAGACGGCCUCCUCACGAUCCGAGCGGGCGAUCCGCGGUGGCUUGGAAUCGACAGCCUGCCUACGACCCUCGAGCUAGCUCAAAACGGCUAUUCCCUCUUCGGCUACACAUUCAACGGUGAGCUCCACGGCCUCAUUGGCCUCGAAGACGACUUCCGCACCGAGGCACACGACGUUGCCAAGAAGCUGAGCGAGAGCGGAAUCUGCGUGUCCAUCAUCAGCGGCGACCACGAAGCCGCGGUCCAACAGGUCGCUCGCCAACUCCCGAUCCCAGCAGAGAACGUCCACGCGCGGCUGACGCCCGAAGACAAGCUCGAGUUCAUCCGGCGACUCCAAACCGAGGACAACGACUUCGUCCUCUUCUGCGGCGACGGCACCAACGACGCCGCGGCGCUGGCAACGGCGGAUAUCGGCGUGCACAUGCAGGGCGGAACGGACGUCGCACGCUCGGCGGCGCAUGUCGUGCUGAUGCGGCCGGAUCUGAGGGGCGUGCUUACGGUGCUGCAGCUCUCGAAGAGCGCGUACGUCAAGAUGAUUAUCAACUUCAUCUGGUCAUUCGUGUAUAAUGUCUUUGCUGUUGCGCUGGCGGCGGGGGCAUUCAGCGCGCUGCAUGGGGUUAGGAUUCCGCCGGCUUAUGCAGGGUUGGGGGAGCUGGUCAGUGUGUUGCCGGUUGUGGGGAUUGCGUUUUUGUUGAAGUUAGAGAAGUUUGGGAGGGUGUAA